AUGUUCCACCGACCUCCUCACUAUUCGCUGUACGGGAACUCAAAGGCAUCUUUAAGCUGCAUGGACAACAACGAUUACAACCGGGACAAUUGCCUGGACUUCUUCCAGACAUACAGGGACUGUAACAAAGCGUGGCUGGAGCAGAGACGCGAGGAUCGUGGAGCUGGCCGACCUACCCCUAUAUGA